AUGCCGAAGGAAAUCCACUCUGAAAUUCAAGCUUCUGUCGGUGCUUCUGUUGCCGAGGUUUUGAAUGCUACCUAUAAGGGUCGUGACGCCCCCACUGAGCGUGACAGCAUAAACGUGCCCGCUUCAUCGCACCAAGUGACGGGUAAUGUACAUCGAUUAUCGUUGUGGGGCCGCACAGCCAAGAUUGAAUAG